UUAUAAACAAUUGUAAUGACGUGCUAUCGUGGACUUCAAUCAACAAGACACCGGAGCUUACCGACUGUGUAAAAAAGAAACAACACUUCGAUCAUAUUUGUGUUGAAGUCUUAAAUGAAAUGAAACGACAGGACAAGAUGGCAUUCAAACCCGAAUAUGAAACUAAAAUACGAGACUUAAACUGAAAUUCAACGAAAUGUUUCAGACAAACUGAGCGAACAGGAGAAGAUGGAGAGCAUGAGGUACAAAGAGGAGCGUGUGCAACAGCGAUCGGCACGACAAGCUUUCAGAAACCACGUUUCGGAGGUUCACAAAUACUUGAAUAGCGUUACUGAAAAUAGGAUAUUGCCACAGAAGAAACGCGCUUAUCUUGAUCAAUGUACAGAGGAAUUAAUGUGGAAGAGCGAUGAUCAAACCUCUGAAUCAACCGAGUUUAAAAAACGACAUAAAAAUUUUAAUAAUACCAUUGGGACAGUUUUUGACAAGUUGCGCCAAGAAGAUAAGAAUGCCCAGCAGGAGCUUGGUGGAUUAUAUAAAGAUGUUAAAAGUAUGAUUGACAGCACGGGAAGCGACGAACUCGUGGACAAGGAUAAGUUACAAAGUGAAUGUUCUGACAUAAUAGAUUGGAUUUUGAAACAUCCGAACGCUUACAAGGCAGACUACGAAAAUCAACAGAAUAAACUCGAAACAAUUAGGAACCAAUAUCAGGACCAAUUGCAACAACGAAAUAAGGAUUUGCAAUCAGAUUUUUUUAAUUAUUUAAAACAAAUAAAACAUUACGUGGAAGAUAAGUCAUACUCAGAAUUAGUUCAUUCAGAUGAAAAAGCAACACUGUUGCGCGAAUACAGCAUUGGAUAUUUAUGGAUUGAGAACCAAAAAAAAGUUAAAUAUAGUGAACUAGUUGAGAAGAAGAAAAAUCUUGUUCAUGUUUGUCAGCCAAUCUUCGAUAGAUUAAUGCGGGCAGAAUUCAAUCGAACUAAAAAGACUCUUGAAGAUUAUGUGCACCAGGUGGAGCAAAAAGUGCGCUUUGAAUAUUCUACCCGCUUGAACGAAAAUGAUAAAAGAGUUAUCCAAGGAAAAUGCGAAAAUGUGAGACAAUUUAGAAAGAAAAACAAAAACGCUAAUACAGAAGAACUAAAAACCGUAUACUUUGAUCUUACUUCUGCGGUUGAACCAAUUCUAAAGAAGCUCCGCAAAACAUAUGAGAACAAUGAGAGCAAAAGACAAAGACACCCCAGCACGACAAAUACAAAAGUAAUAACUCAACAACCCAGGAAUGAACAAUCUACACCUGAAAAUGAUAAUCGGCAAUAUUCAGAGGGUUACGGGUAUCAAGACGUAAAGAAAAAAACGACUCGACUGAUUUCGCCUGAUCAAACAUUCUCUAAACCAGAAAGAGAUCGUGAUUCAUCGCGCCUAGCGAUAGCUGGUAAUAGAGUAAGAUGCUUUCCUGUUUCAGACAAACAUAAAUAUGGAGCGCACACGCAGUCACAAAAGACAUCACGUGGGGAUGAAUAUCAUUAUUUUCCCAGUAAUUCUCAAAUGCAGAGUCAAGGAGAGUUUCAGACACUGGACGAAACAAGUAGGCCAUAUUCAGGCAGACUUCAUUCCUCGAGUUCUAAAUCAGGAAAAAAUACACCAAUUGCCGAGGCCAAAGCUAAUCUUUCAGUGUAUGUGAAAGAAAUAAUAAAUGACCUAGACAAUGAUGCGAGCAGGGGAUUUUUUCUUUCAACUAAUCAUCGAAAUCAGUUGUACGGGUCUUGCGCUGAAGUUAGAAACUGGCUUAAAGAAACUAAGAAUCCGUCAUUGGAAGAGAUAGAAAGAAAAACACAGCAGUUGAAAACCAAAUGUCAAGCAAGUGGUUUGCGAAGCAAUAGACUGAUUCAAUCUGACUGGUUAUAAUUUUCUUUUUGUAUUACAUACUGUAAUAUUGUACAUACAUUGUCUUCGUUUCAUUAUAUAUGGAAAUGAAAAACGACAUAAACAAUUAUGAUACCGAGUUUUAUGUAAUUUUACUUCAUAUUGAGGGUGAAAACAUAAUUUAUCAUAAUUAUUGUUAAAAGAAUUUUUAUGAUUGAAUAGAAUGUAUAAUUGACUAAUCCUUACAAUUACAUAUAAUAUUCAUCAUUGAUAACUUUAAGAAAUGCUUUAAGAAUGCUAAUUUUCAAUGAUGUCAUCAUGGUAUUUUAUUUAAGCGUUCAUUUGUGGUAUGAUAGCUCUUUACUACAAUCUUUAAUAAUUACCUAUCUCCCUAGAUGUAGUUGGUUUUUCCGCAAAACAGGACCGACAAUUACAGUAGUUCGGUAAAUAAAUUUCUGGUCUUUUCAAUUAGUUAUUGUAACCUUGGGUUUCGCUGCUCGAUAACCCGCUUUGAUUCUCCGCGACAUUCCUACCCUAGUGUAACUGUGUGAUUAUCAUUUUAAUAGAAUAUUAUAUAAGAUAGAUUUUUACUGGUUGAAAAAUAUAAACUAAUCACAUGAAAUUUCAGAUGUAUUUGUCCCAGUUAAACCUAUCCAUUUAAGUCAUUGGAUUCCUUCCUUGUGAGCGAUCAAUUAAUAAUUAUUUUAUUUUUGUAACACCUAGUAACCCAUGAGGAUAUCUAUUUAGCGUAAUAAAUAGACUCAGUUAUUUCAACGCCUUCAAUAUGUAAAAUUAAUAUUGUAUGUUGAUAUGUUACCAGGUAAAAUUAUUUCCAUUUAACGCGUCUAUAAUGCUUGUUGCUUUU